ACAAGAUGGGUUAGAAUUUGCUGGGUAUUUAUUUUUAUGAUAGGAGUUGAAAUUUCCCCAGUUAUUGAUGGAUCUCUAUGCUUUUCUUCUCUAAAUUUCUUGGUUGAGUUAUUUGUUUUUAGCCCAAGUUUCCAGAUUUUGACUGGGUUGGAAGGUCUUUUGUGUGAUUUAUUUUGACUUUCUGAUGGGGUCUGUGAAUGAGACCAAGUUUUCCUCACUGUUUGAAAUGUUGCUUUGUGUGAAGAGACAAUUGUGGUGUUUGUUUUAAAUAAAUUACAACAACUCAUAGUCAACAACUUAAAAUUGACCCUGAAAGUCACUCUUUUCAAGUAAAUCUCUAGAAGCACUGAACCAGAACUGUACUAGGAUUGAAUAGUCAACAACUCAUAGCUUUGUUAGUUUCUCUGGAAAAUUCAAGGGCUAUGGAGGAUCCAUCUUUUGGAACCUUGGAAGAAGAUGGCCUUAAUGAAUCCUGUUGUUAAAGGAAAGCUUUUAAACAGAAUAACUGGUAAGUUCAUAAAGGGGAGAUUCUUCAGUGAUCAUAUAUCUGAUUUGGUCCAGCUAAGGAAUCAUUCAAGGCGAAGUUGAUUAAAUACUAAGGAGGUUAUAUUUUGGAGAGAAGUAAAAUUUAAUCAUAAGCAUGGGAUCUUUCAAGGGUCAUGCUUUGCCAGGGACAUUGUUUCUUCUAGUUGGGGUGUGGCACAUAUGGGGCUCUGUGGUGAGAUAUGUUUGCAAUCCAAUGGCAUUUCAAGUCAGGGUUUGGAAUCCUGUGCCAGGGUUUGAUGGGAGGCUCAAGCACUUGGAGCUAUAUGUUAUUGCAAUUGGUGCUUUCAUUGACAUGUGCAUCGAGCUUUUGUAUUCACCACACCUCAAGAUUUUUGUUGGUGGAGUCCUUAACCCUGCUCACAUGAAUGACUUUGAGCACUCUGGAAUGCUUCUUAUGUUUUUCAUCUUUGGUGUUGUUGCCCUGCAUUCCCAAAAGACCAGAUUUCUUCCCUUGCCAGAAGGUGCUCUUUGUUUGCUUGCUGCCUCAGCAUUCACUGCAGAGUACCUUCUUUUCUACUUCCAUUCAACAACACACAAGGGCCUUGAGGGCUAUUACCACACCCUCCUUGUCUUCGUGGUUGGACUCUGCAUUUUAUCUUCAAUUGCUGGUGCCCUUUUGCCAACAAGCUUUCCAGUGGAUUUAUGCAAUGGCAUUGCUAUAGCACUGCAAGGCUUAUGGUUCUAUCAGACUGCGUUUGUUCUCUAUGGCCCUAUGAUGCCAAGUGGUUGUAAGCUUAGGGAAAACAGUGUCAUGUGUCAUUCUAUUGAUAGCGAGGUUCGGGGCGAAUUGCUUGCUAACAUUCAGCUCUUUGUUGCUGUCCUUGUGGUCCUUGUGGGAACUGUGGCAUCAUAUGGCUUUGCUGCUUCAAGAUAUGGGAAUUCUGAAGUUAAGAACUUGCAUGCAAUUCAGGCUGAAUUAGAUCAAGACUGAAGUAGUGUUGCUAUUUUUUGUGGUGAUAGUGAAAAUGUGUUGGCAGCAUAGAGUUUCUUAUAGAACAUGCUUGUUGUACAUUGAAGUGCAAAGGUUCAUGCAUGUAUGAUCAAUGAAAAUUGAAAAUUACCCCUUCCUCAUACAUUUUUGACUUUUAGGAAUCGGAUGUCAAAGGAACAACAAAUUUCUUUCCUUGGCGUGUGAUUACAAAACGUUUUUGGUUUUUUUGGUCAUGAUUACAAAAAGUGGCAGGGGAGUUCACUUGGAUCAUAUUUUCAUUGGUCAUCACUCUUUCUUUGCAAUGAUGCAUUUGCAAAUUAGCAGAACCAAUUUGAUGUGCUGCCGGCUA